UCAGAGUUUCAAAACCAACUCUUAGCUAUUUAGUUCUCUCUUCAGGGUCUACGAGCAACAUUUUUUCUUCCUACAUUGUAAAAAAAAAUCAAGCGGGUGUUAAUCCUUCUGAUGUUGUCUGACCUUGUUUUUUUAAUCUGUCUUGUAAGAGCAUCCACAGAUCAACUUUCAAUAUUCAUAGCAACUCAGCUUUUGUGCUGCACAUUGAAUCUCAGAAUGAAGAAAACAAGGAAAGUUUAGAUCAGAAAAAGUAAAACAACCUACAGUGAAAAAAAUGACUAGUGUGUCCUUCAGGCACAGCGACAACACACUGCACUAACUAAUCAGAGGCCAGAGCUACAUACAGUGGUACUUUCUUUCAAAAAGGCCAACAAAAGUAAAAUUCAUCUCUAGCAAUGGCUAAGUCAUACUAUAUAAAACUAUCAUAAAUAUUUUAAAUAGGAUGCUGCAACUGGCUCUAUAAAUUUUACAUACAUUAUUUAAUUGGGGGUUUAUGUAAUAUAUCGACAAAAGGUAAUGCUGAAUUGUAAAUUGGAUUGAAGAGUUAGAUAGUUUUUAAAGAAUGAAAAGUGUUGCAUGCUGUUUGAUCCAGCCCUCCUGAGUGAAUACUUUGUAGAAUCAUCUCUCACUCAAAUUAGUCAUGAAGGCAUAUUUUCCUAUAUUUGAUUUAUGCCUGGAGUUUGUAUGGGCCAUUUCAAUAAGAGCUGAAUCUUCAGUUGUUGCUGGCUGUGUGGUUAGGGUCAUUGUCUUUUGCAGCCUCUAACAGGUUUUCUUCCAGUAAUGGUCGGUGUCCAGUAAUGACCUCCAUCCAUUUCUCCAUCAACUCUGAUAAAGAAAAGUAUAUCCACGUCACAAGGCUGCUGCUACCUUGUUUUUGUAUAAGAAUGCUUUAAUUAGGGUUAUGUGCAAUGUUAGUUUUCAAAUGAUGUUUGGUAUUUGGCUUUCUAUUAACAAUGGCUUCCUUCUCACCAUUCUGCCUUAAAUACCAGAUUAAAGGAAGACAUUAUCAAUAUUUAUCCUCCUCAAAGGUUUUACACACCUAAGCUGUGGAUCUCUGCAACUCGAUGGCAUGGGUAUCUUAGCUGCUUCUCUGAUUAAUGCUCUUCUUGCCCAUGUGUAGUAGGACAGUCACAUCUUGGCAGGUUAGCAGUUGUGCCAUAACCAUUUCAUUUUCUGAUGAUGGAUUGAAUAGUGCUCUGUGAGAUGUCCAAAGCAUGUGAUCCAUCCAUUGUGGGCAACAGGUCCAGGAGGGUACAAUGGGACAUCCCUCUCCCCUGCGACAUCCUCCAGCUCAAUCUCAUCUCCAAGGCACUCCCAGGCCAGACGGUAUAUAGACCCUGCAGUGAGUUCUGAGUCUUCCGCAGUGUCUCUUCCCAGUGGGUCAUUCUUGGAAAUCCUCCGAAGGGAAGCAUCCAGGAGGCACUCUGAUCAGAUGUCUGAACCACAUCAAUUGACUCAUUUUGAUGCGGAGAAGCAGUGGCUCUAUCUUGAGUCAUGAACCAUGUGACAUUCUUUCAAUCAUGAACAACAUCUCAUGACCACAGGUGUAGCUUGCAAUAUUUUUUAUAUUAUCUAACCCAGCUUUAAAUGUCCCCACAGUUGUAUCCCAGACCUGUCAAAUUCCUCAGUUUUCAUGUUGCUGUUUGUUUACUAAUGUUGUUUAACAAACCUAUGAGGCCUUCACAGAACAGCUGAAAUUAUACUAAUAAGAAAUUAUACACAGGCCGAAACCAUUUACAACUUGGUGAAUUUUGAAGGUAGUUGGUUGCCCUGAAUUUUAUUAAGGGUAUCAGAGUAAAGGUGGCUGAAAUGAAAGAUAUGCCACAUUUUUCAGGAUUUUAUUUGUAAAAAUCUUUUAAAGAGAUCUUCAUUAAAGGAAACAGAUACCCUAUAUUUCCCAAAUAAAAUACACUUCUGUUUGCAGUUGUAAUGUCACCAAAUGUGGAAAAAUUCAACUUGUAGGAAUGCUGCUUUAGUGAAAAAAAGCGUCCUUAUAAACUAGCAAUUAAUGCACACUUCUGUGCCAUGAAGUGUGUAACACAAAUUAAAUUCCUUAACGUUGUACUUUCUGUGACCUAGAAUCUGACAUCAACGUGUUAAUCAUUCCAGGAUUUCCCAAGAAGUAGAUGCUGUUGGUUCCUGAACAGAAUGUCAGGGAUUAAGUUUAAUUGGCUUCUGUUGUCUACUGUCGUGGGCAUUUCUUUAGCACGAAUGUAAAUCUCAAACUUCCUCACGGACUAUGGACAUAAUUCUUUACCUACUGGUUGUAAUUUUGAUAAAAGCUGAACCGUGUGAAAGUUAUGCACGAUGUUUAAGUGGGUGCAGCUGUAUUGAUGACCGUCAUGGAAGGUCACUCAUAUGCAUGGAAGAAAGCGCAUUCGGGGCCAUACCUGAGAGCCUUCCGGAUGAUUUGACCAAAAUACGUAUAGAAAAAUCCCACUUCACUGAAAUCCCCAGAGGGGCUUUUUCGAAAACCCCCGCAGUGGAAAACCUGUGGCUAAACUUUAACGAUAUUACAGUUAUAAACUCAAAAGGUCUGGAGGGUUUGAGGAACCUGACCGAGCUCCGUUUGCAAGGGAACAAGCUGCGAUCAGUACCAUGGACAGCAUUCGAGGACACGCCGACGCUCAAGAUCUUGGACCUGAAGCACAAUCAGCUGGAUGUCCUCCCGGAACACGCUCUCAAAUUUCUACCGGGACUCACAUAUUUAGAUCUAUCCUUCAACCGGCUCACGGUCAUAUCGAAGGAAGUUUUCCAGAACUGGCCUCUCUACCAGAAAAUACAAAGCACAAAGGAGCGGGAGGCCACUGCGUCCAGGCCAAACGUUGUUCUGGCGCUGCACGACAACGCCUGGCUCUGCGACUGCCGCCUGAAGGGUUUCGUGGAGUUCAUCGUGUCCCUGAGUCCUCCCAUUAUACUGAUGAAUUCAUACUUGACCUGCUCAGGUCCGGACUUUAGGGCGGGCAAGUUCUUCCAUGAGAUCGAGCUCCAGGCAUGCGCGAAACCCGUAGUCAGCACGCCUAAGGCGAACAUGAGCCUGCCUCAGGGAUCCAACCUCACCCUGCACUGCUACGCCAAGGCGAGGCCGGACCCUGCUGUGUGGUGGACAUAUGGUCUGAAGAUAAUCAGAGGAUUUCAUGAGUCUCAAGAAAGAGUAUCUGAUGACACCAUUAGAUCCCUCCUGGUGAUUCCCUCCCUUAGUGCAGCAGACCAGGGGGUCUACACCUGCACUGCUGUAAACUUCAUUGGGAACUCCUCAGCGAGCGUCCUCCUGGACGUCCGUUCUGCUGACAGAGCCGUGUCAUCUCACCUCCCAGGCCUCCCAGCUGCAUCAGGUGAUGCAGAUCUAAAUGUCUUCAUUGAUAUUCGCAUUGCCAAACAGACAGUGCGUGGUAUCUCUAUUGAGUGGUUUGCUGCUCUAGAACGCCCCACCGAAACAUGGUUCACCAUUCACUUUGGUCGGGCAGAUGAUGUUAAGAAAGAAAUUACCUACAUUGGACCUGGGAUUCACUCCUACUCUAUCUCAGAUCUGAUGCCUGCCACUAAGUAUGAAAUUUGUGUAACUCUAAAGAACCAGGAGCCACGCCCAGGUCAGUGCAUCAUGUUUGUGACAGGAAGUGACAUCACCGAGAUGGAGCAGAGGGAGAAGCUAAUCCAUAUAGUGGUGAUAGUUUUAGCCAUGGUGCUGGCUGUGCCUAUAGGAAUGUACGCCUGCACAACCGACACUCGAUUUCCCUGCUUUGAGGUUAUUAUGGAGUCUUGGAAGAGACGGCAGAGAGAAAGCAGCACGUCUGGGAUCGAACGGGAAAGGCAGGGCACUUUUGACAGCCUGCAGGCCGCCAGUGAUGAGGAGCUGGUCAAUAAAGAUUUCAAUGAAGACAGAAAGGUGAGGAGGAGGUCUGAAGACAGACUGCGUAAAGGCAAAGCUGAUCAGAGCAGACUUACUGCUGAACUAUAUUAAAUUAAUGGUCUCUAAAUGAUCACAUUAAACAUGACACCUUGUAACAGAAUAAUUUUCCAUUCGGAAAUCAAUAUAGAAUACAUCUGCUAUAAGAUAUACCAUUUAAAUGUCAUAAUCAGAAUUUUAGAAGUCAUAGAUGUAAAAAAAGAAGGUAAUCAAAUAAUGUCUCUAUAACGGAUUGAAUGUUCAGUUGAGAUCUUUUUAUGGAUAGCAGCAAUAUUUUAAAAUAGUUUAAAAGUCAGAUGGAGGAGGGAACAAACGUAUGUUUGAAGUAGUUUAGUAAGGAAGCUCUACUAAAGCCAGAUAGCAAAAGCUCAUUGAGAAUAUAGAAUGUAUCACUGACCUCUCUCUCAUUUUUCCAAAAAACCCACUACUCAUAUUUCUUUCUCUAAUAUUUCUUUAGAAAAGCUUCAACAUUCAUUAAAAUAUAUUCUUUCAAAAUAUUAGACCAGGGCGUAGUACAUAUUUUUUUAAAUCUAAAUUGUUCACUUAGGUUUUCUCCACUUAAUUAUUACAUUUUGUUCACAUCAUUGAUUUCUGUCCAGGAACAUAGAAAAAAAACAAGCAAACGAAAAAGGUGUUCACAUGUUUUCAACUGUACAAUAUAGAGCAAUAACACAAUUGCAUGGUUUGGUUUUAAUCGUAUCUCUUCCUCUA